UGGCCAAACAUAUUGGCGCACCCACCACCCAGCGACGAAGACUUGGCUGCCAGUCCACGCCCAUCCUCACCGCCGGCGACACCUGCAAAUCCAGAUCCAGAGAAGGCCCCCUUCAACCGGCGAGAUGGAGAUCGCAGUGGGCGCGGUCUCAGGCAUGGUGGACGCGCUGCCAGGCAAGCUCGGAGAGCUGCUGCAGCAGGAGUACGCGCUGCUCUCCGGCGUCCGUGGGGAUGUCACCUUCUUCCAGGCCGAGCUGAGCACCAUGCACGCCGCGGUCCUCCGCUCCGAGGCCCUCGACGACCCCGACGUGCAGACAAAGAACUGGAUCGGCCAAGUCCGCGAGCUCGCCUACGACAUCGAGGACUGGGUGGACCUCUUCGCCCACCGUGUCGACGCCGGCAGCCACGACGCGGGCCCCGCCACCUCCUCCAGGUUCUCCCGGUGGUUCCGCCGCGGCAUCGACAGGCUCACGACCAUUCCCGACCGCCACGUCAUCGCCACCGAACUGCAGGAACUCCGGCAGCGCGUCGUCGAGGUGAGCGAGCAGCGGAAGCGCUACAGCCUCGGCCCGCAGGUCAUCCCAGCAGGGUCCCGGCACACGGCUGCGCUCGAUCCUCGGAUCAUCUCUCUCUACACCGACAGCGCUAGCCUUGUGGGUCUGGAUGUGCCCCGGGGUGAGGUGGCGGAGAUGUUGACCGGAGCGGGCUCGGACAGGCUCAAAGUGGUGUCCAUCGUUGGGAUGGCCGGCUCCGGGAAGACGACGCUUGCCAGGGAGGUGUAUGGGUUGGUCGGUGCGGGGUUCAAGUGCCGCGCGUCGGUGUCAGCCGGCCGGAGUUCAGAUAUUGCGAAGGUGCUCACUGAUAUGCUAUCCCAAGUGGACAGCGGGUACAGACGACGAGGUGAUACCGCCGAUCUAACUCAAUUGAUUGGGAGGCUGAGGGAGCAUUUUAAAGAUAAGAGGUAUCUUGUUAUGAUUGAUGAUCUAUGGAGUAUUCAAAUUUGGGGGACAAUCAAAUGCUGUUUUCCAGAGAACAAUCUUGGAAGUCGGAUUAUCACUACAACAAGAAUUGAAGCUGUUGCAAAGGACGGUGGCCAUGUUUACAGGACACAUCUUCUUGAGGAAGCUGAUGCCGAAACUUUGUUUUCCCGAAUAACUUUUGGGAGUGUCGGUGGGUGUCCUCCCCAUUUGAAGGAUGUUUCAGCUCAGAUCUUGAGAAAGUGUGGUGGUUUGCCACUUGCUAUAGUGACUGUGGGUGCCAUGUUAGCCAGCAAGACACAUACGAAAGAUGAAUUUGGGCGGUAUGGAUUGGAAUGGCAAGCAAAUUCACAGCUAGAAGUGAUGAAACAGGUCAUCAAACUUAGCUACAGUGAUCUUCCUGCUCAUCUCAAAGCAUGUCUAUUGUACCUUAGCAUAUUUCCUGAGAACCAUGAGAUCGAAAUAACACGUCUUGUGAGGCGUUGGAUAGCAGAAGGAUUCAUCAGCGAACAUCGUGGUACAAGCACAGAGGAAAUAGCAAGGAACUACAUCAAUGACCUCAUUGGUAGAAACUUAAUCCAGCCAACACAGCUGAAUCAUGAUGUCACCCCUAGGAGUUGUGCUCUUCAUCCGGUAAUACACGAGUUCAUUGUUUGCAAGGCCAUGGAAGAUAACUUUGUUGCCUUGGUACAUGCUGAGCAGCAAGAUGUCCCACCUGGCAACCGCACUGUCCGACGCCUAUCCUUGCUGAAUAGUGGUAAAUCUGAUCAGGCUGUGGCACAAAUUGAUGGGACAAAAGUAUCUCGUGCUCGCUCGAUCACCGUAUUUGCUCACACCUGUGGCACACCUCGUCUAAAUGAACUUAGUGUAUUGCGAGUUCUGGACCUUGAAGGCUGUGAAGGUCCACUUUGCCUUGACGGUCUCUGCAAAUUGCUGCUUCUGAGGUACUUGAACCUCAAGGGAACAGAUAUCAGUCAACUGCCAGCACAGAUUGGGGAUCUCAAAUGCCUAGAGACACUGGAUGUGAGAACCACAAAGGUGAAAGAGCUACCUCUCAGCAUUCUCAGCCUCGAAAAUUUAACGCAUUUGCUCACCGGAAAUGCCAAGUUGCCAACGGGGAUAAGCAAGAUGAAGUCCGUGUUGACACUGUCGUGCAGCAAUGUUGGCAAGAGCGCUACGGUGAAUAUCAUACAAGAGAUAGGUGAAAUGGCCAGCUUGAGGGAACUUGAAUUAUUUUGCGAUGUUACUCAGAUGCCUGGGGAUAAGAAACAAGUCGUAUUUCAAUGUGGCGGGCUCCGGAGUCUUAAGAAACUUUCCAUUCGGUGCAGCUCGCCAUCAGUGGCCUUUGUGGCAGGUGCUUUACCAAAGGUUGAAGUGCUUGAGCUAAAGUUCGAAAAGGGCCCUUCAAAAGAGUCAAGUGGUGUGUCUGGCAUAGAGCAUUUGUCAAGCCUCAAGCAUAUGCCUAUCGAGUUUUCGCAGCAUGUUGCAGGCGCUGCAGCUGCUGUGGCUGCAGUAAGAAAUGUCGCUGAGAUUGCCCACCCUAAUUGUCAAGUGAUCACCGUGAAUGUUGACCAAUAGAGUUUUCGAACAUUGUGCACAUUUGACUCGUGCAGGCGCGAGGGAUUUUACAUACCUUCUUGUUCGAACUUCUUAGAUGAU